UAUUGUAAUAGAAGUCUCCAAGACACUCAGUUGUGCCAAACAGUAUCGAUGUGUCUGUAACAAUGGAAAGAUUUAUAACGUUCUGCGUUUUGAUUUUCUAUUUUGGGCCAGGGGACGCAUUCCCUUUCCCAGAAGAAUUAAAUAAUUUAGCCUUUCAACAGCCACUGCGCUAUCUGAACUAUGCUCAACCCCAGCCUCCGACAGUUGGACAAUCGAGACAGCACUACUCGAACGCUGGCUACCAACCAUCAGCACCUUCACUGGGAGGAGUUCCUUACCCCUCCAACUUACAAAUCCCAUCCAAUGCUGCAUUCCAUAACUUGAUAAACCAAUUACCUAUGCAGCAAAGCCAAAGUUACGGUAAUUAUUUCUUACCUAGACAGCAAACCCAAACGCAAAAUGUACAAAUUCAAGAACAGAUUAACGAGCAAAUUCGAAAUGCUCAAAGAUUUGCAAACCAACUUAGGCUACAAAAUGUGGCUGAUCAGUAUCUGAAUCCUGUUCAAAAUGCUUACCAACCAAAUAAUAACUCACCAUUAUACCUUCCUCUUGAACAAGAAUUGCCUCGUCAAAACCCCUCAACUCAGUGGACAGAUAAUUCUGAAAAUAAUCAAAUAGCAGCAGCGGUGGCCGCAGCGGCAGCAAAUUCACAACCAAACUCUGAACCUGCGUCAAGAUCAAAUGAUCCAAUACGUGAACUUUACCAUCAUUUGAUUCAACAGCAUACCUCUACUAAUCCUGGGCAACCAAUACCGAACCCUCAAUUGCACAACCUAUUGAAGCAGUAUACAGAAGUAGCCCCUGCUAAUCACGAAAAACGUUACUUAGUUCUUCAUCCAAAUGGUUCAAUGGAAUACGUCGACCAUUUAGAGCACAUAGCGAAGCAACAUCCAAAUUAUGUUCUUGUAAAUGCUAAUACAUUAUUGACUCCCCAGGAUACUGAAGAUCCUAAUGCCAAUCCACAGACUAACCAAAUACCACAAGUGGAUCCGGUACCACAAACAAACACUGUACAAACCAACCCCGUACAACAGAAUAAUCUAUUACCAGAAACAAAUCCACUAACACAAAACAAUAUAGUGCCUCAAAUAGAUACUGCUCCUCCAUCAGUAACGAACUCAACUUCCAUCGUACCUGCUUCCGAUCCAGUUCCAAAUCCUGCAAACCCAAUCCUUUCCCCAGCACCAGUUCUUAACCCCGGAGCACCAGUCAAUCCACCUACACCCAAUAUUCCUAAUAUUUACACACAAGCUGUAGCAACAGUAACACAACCAAAACCAAACAACUCAUCCCAACCCACAACCACAUCUACACUCCCUAAUCUUCAAUCACCACCAGUUGCUAAUGCUUCCAAAACACCUACCCCAAAUAACGCUAUAAUAACUCCCGCUGCACCUCAACAACCUUCUGAUGUCACUUCAGCAAUCACAAACCCUUCUUUAGCCCCAGCACAAAAAGAGUCUCCAAAAUCCAAUAAUCCUGUUCCACCUGUAACUACCAAUGCGAAAGUGCCCUUGGCUGAUGCCACUACGAAAAUAGCUCCUUCGAAUAAUUCAACUAUUUCUAAAACUCCUCAAGUGGACACCUCUCAACCUAAAGCUACUCCAGCAAAUAUUACUAAAAACAAAGCACCUUCAACUAAAACUAAUCCUACUAAAGCUCCUGUAGUUAGUUCUCUGCCAACCAACACUACUUUGAGUGGAAAUCCCAAUUCUAAAACUCCUCCAGUUUCUCUUUCUCCGUCUAAAAAUCUACCAUCCAACCCUACUAAAGUUCCUUUGAACAAAACUCCUACGCCUAAAAAAAAUCCUCUGAUUUCUACUCCUUCAAGCAACGUUCCUCCCUCAAAAUCUCCUACUAAAGAUCCUAAAGUAAUAACUCCAUCAAAACCAGAAUCUAAUGACAAACAAUCCGAUUUACCUGAGAUACCGGAGGAAGUGAAAUUAACAGAUUCCGAGUUAUUGAAGAAAAUAUUUGGCAAUGAUACAGAUACAGACAGCGUUAUAUUUGUCGUAAUUAACCCUGUAUUAGAAAAAGAUAUAAAAACCGUUCUAUAUCCUAACGGAACUGUUGCUGAAGAAGUCACCGAAACGAGACUAGUAUAACAUGUUAUUUUAAGAUAACCCUGGUGCAACAAAGCCUGUUUAUAGUACCUGAUCCUGUUCCAUGGCAUAAGAAAGAUUCUGGAUUAUUCAAAAUCGCCACUCGACAUUAUUUUUAUUCGACAAUAGCCUAAAAUUAUACCUAUUUUUUUUUUAAUAAAACAGUCAAC